CAAGAAAAACUUCAAAGCGAAAACUGCAUCGGAGUGACAAAUCGGGGUCCUCUUCUAGGUGUGGUUGCAAAAAUUUUAUCAAUUUUCGGCAGGAAAAUCCUCAAAAUUUGUCCGCAAAAUUAGUUUAUCGCGUAGUUGCGUGUCCGUGUCGAGUGAUAGUACAGUGCGUUGCGAAUUUCAACCGGAAACUGGUGCAAAAUGUCCGGAAGACUGCCAGCUUGUGUGAUCGAUGUUGGAACGGGCUACACAAAGCUCGGCUUCGCAGCGAACAAGGAGCCCCAGUUUAUCAUUCCGUCGGCGAUUGCCAUAAAGGAAACGGCUAAAGUCGGCGACCAGAGCGCCCGCCGCGUUACGAAGGGAGUGGAGGAUUUGGACUUCUUCAUCGGCGAUGAGGCGUUCGAUGCCACCGGGUACUCGGUUAAGUACCCCGUCCGCCACGGGUUGGUGGAGGAUUGGGACUUGAUGGAGCGUUUCCUGGAGCAGUGCAUCUUCAAGUACCUCCGGGCCGAGCCAGAAGAUCAUCACUUUCUGCUGACGGAGCCACCGCUGAACACACCGGAGAACCGUGAAUACACAGCCGAGAUUAUGUUCGAGACGUUCAACGUUCCGGGACUGUACAUUGCUGUGCAGGCCGUGCUAGCUCUGGCGGCCAGUUGGGCAUCCCGUCCUGUGGAAGAGCGAACCCUGACGGGGAUUGUGGUCGACAGCGGGGACGGUGUAACGCACGUGAUUCCGGUGGCCGAAGGAUACGUCAUCGGAUCAUGCAUCAAACACAUUCCGAUCGCCGGUCGCAACAUAACGUCGUUCAUUCAGAGCUUGCUUCGCGAGCGCGAGGUGGGUAUUCCCCCGGAGCAGAGCCUCGAGACGGCCAAGGCCAUCAAGGAGCGGUUCAGCUACAUCUGCCCGGACAUCGCCAAGGAGUUUGCCAAGUACGACGCGGAACCGACCAAGUGGAUGCGCCACUACGAGGGAAUCAAUGCAAUCACCAAGCAACCGUUCGGGGUCGAUGUCGGCUACGAACGGUUUCUGGGACCGGAAAUUUUCUUCCAUCCGGAGUUUUCCAAUCCGGACUUUACGACACCGCUCUCGGAGAUUGUGGACACGGUGAUCCAAAACUGCCCAAUCGAUGUGAGGCGACCGCUGUACAACAACAUUGUACUGAGCGGAGGGUCGACCAUGUUCAGGGAUUUCGGUCGACGGCUGCAGCGUGACAUCAAGCGUAGUGUAGAUGCGCGUUUAAGAAUCAGUGAGAACCUAAGCGAGGGACGGAUUAAGCCCAAACCAAUCGACGUUUCGGUGAUUUCCCACCACAUGCAGAGAUACGCAGUCUGGUUCGGUGGCAGUAUGCUGGCCUCUACGCCCGAAUUCUACCAGGUUUGUCACACGAAAGCCGCCUACGAGGAGUACGGUCCGGGCAUUUGCCGUCACAAUCCCGUCUUCGGCACCAUGACGUAGUUUGUCCAAGCUAGCUAGGACUCAAUUCGGAUCGUUCCUUCCGCUGCUGCAUUGAUUUUACCUACCUAUAUUGUACUAGCGUCUUUUUAAAUUGCAUUUAGAGAAACCGAAAUUCCAUAACGAAAGGCACGGCAGAUCGGAAUCCAUUUGCGUAGGGUUUGCCUAUCAAAUGUUGCGGAAAAUGAAAAUUAAGAAAAAAAGCAGUGUUGAUCACUAGGUAUUCCUUUUGUUUUCUAAUCGAUCGGUUUGAUAAAGUUUCGUGUUGUUCCAAUGCUGUUCAUUGGAUUACUACAAUUAUAGACCCAUAUAAUUAUCAAAUUGUUUUAUGCAUCAAUAAAAUCAGAAUAUUCAUCACUUUUCUUUUAAAAAUCGUCAUUGGCACACAAAAUAGAAAACUAUAGAUUUUGAUAGGAAGGAUAAGGUACUAUUCGAUACCGGAAGAAACAAACAUGCCAAAAUUCAAGAUAGAAACAACCGUGUGGAUGCAUUUAUUUUGGAACCUCUAGCAUGACGAUUAUGAUAGGGACUCAGUGUAAUCGCUUGAACGAACUAAAGCCCGUAAACUCACGUGAGUCAAACAAAAAAGUAUUCUUCUAGCCUUCUAAGUAAAAUUUAUUCACAACUGGGAAUGUCUUUUAUUUUUAUUUUUUCAAAUUUUCACCGUACCCUGUGUUAAACUGAGUGAUGAAACCAGGAGCAAAAGCAUGUAAGCAAGCUAAUGAAUAUUAAAUCAAAUAUGUAAAACACAUUCUAGAUAAUAAAGUUUAAUUCAAUACAA